UUCUUAUGUUUUACAUUUAAUUAAUCAGUUUAUUAUUUAAAAAACUUAUUUUCGAGAUUCGAGUAUUUUUGAAAUAUAAUAACGUAUUAGUCCUAAUGUCCUGCUGAGUAUCAGGAUUUAAAAUUGAAGUAUCAUACAUUCAUACUCGUUCUUAUGGACUUGAAAAAUUUUGAGCAAAAUGGCGCGGAAUCUAUUCGGUGGUAUCGCUUUUACGGCACCGAUUGUCGACGAUUUUUAAAAAUAUUCCAAAUUUUUACGAGUGAACAAAAUGAGCAAUCAAAGUUCAGCGGCUAAAGUUGGUGAGAUAUUCAGUGCAGCGGGUACUGCAUUCAGUAGAUUAGGUGAGCUGACAUUGACGUUGCAACCCACAAACGAUACUCCUACACCCAACAGCAAAUGGACUGAUGAUGAUAUAGAAAUGCUACAAAGUGCUGUAAAGAAAUUCACAGAUGACUUAGCUAUUAUCUGCGACCAAAUCAAACAGCGGACAGUAUCACAAAUACAUACAACUCUCAAAAGAAAAUCUUAUGAGAACCGAGCAAUCAAUCCAGCUGCAUUGACAAGAACACCAAUGUCCAUAACAUCACCAAUAUCAACAAAUAUACUUAGUACAAAAUGUAAUUCUGCUGAUGUUACAUUAAACAUGUUAAAUGCACCUCAAGAACAUAAUUCUGGUUCAGAUGAUGUUCCUAGUGAAAAUAACCGACACAGCUUCAAUUGUGGUGUUGAUAUUGAAUAGCUAAGAUAAAAUUCUAAACAGAUUUAUCUGACAUACCAAUAAUUAACUUAAAUUAAAAAGUUGUGUUAUAAAUUGAUGGUUACUCAUUUAAUGGUCUCUUUUUUUCUCCAUUUUAUAAAAUAUAUAUUACUUCUUUUUUUUCUUUCUUUAAUUUUAAUUUUUAUAUGUAUAUUUGUCAUUUUUAUUUCUAUUUAUUUCAGUGUACUAUGAUAUUCAUGACGAAAGAACAAAAUUAAAUGUUUGAUAAAUAAUUAUAUUGCAUUCCUAAAUUUGCAAUGAUAAGUAUUGAUUUUUAAUUUAUUGUUCCAUAAAGCAAUACAUAUGAUGAU